UCAGCCCAUGGCGCAAAUGAGCCGAGACGCGGCUCCCUCCCGCCACGCUCUGGCCGCCGACCCGCUGCCGGCGCUCCGCCGCCUCCGGGCCGCCGCGCCGCGCGUCUUCGGGCAGCUCCACGCGCUGCUCCUCACCUCUGGCCUCGCGCUCCACUCCCCCAACUUCGCCCUCCUCCUCCGCCUCGCCUCCUCCUCCGUCCCCUCCGUCUCCCACCGGCUCCAGCUCCUCCUCUGCUCCCCGCUGCCGCCCACCGCUUUCCUCGCCAACUCCCUCCUCCUCGCGCACCUCCCUUCGGCGCUCCCCCUCUACUCCCUCCUCUUCCUCGCCUCUCCCCCGCUCCUCCGCCCCAACGAGUUCACCUAUCCGGCCCUCCUCCGCGCCUCCCCGCCCCGCACCGCGCUCGCGCUCGCCACCCAUUCGCUUAAAUUCCUCGGCGCCGGGGCCGCCUCCCGCGACCGCGUCCUCGGCGCCGCGCUGCUCGACGCCUUCGCCCGCUGCGGUAGGAUCGCGUCCUGCCGCCGGGUGUUCGACAGGAUCGUCCAGCCGGACCUGCCGGCCUGGAAUGCGCUGCUCACGGCCUACGCGCGCCGGGCCAGGGAUUCUUCGUGCGCCGGCGAGGCGGCGGAGAUACUUGAGCUGUUUGCGCGCAUGGUCUCAUCGACGGUCACGCCAAACGAGAUCACGCUCGUCGCCGUCAUCAGCGCAUGCGGGGAGCUCGGCGCUCUCGGACACGGCCUGUGGGCGCACGCGUAUGCUCUCAGGCACAGGCUAACCGUGAACUGUUACUUGGCCACCGCGCUCGUAGAGAUGUACACCAGGUGCGGAGAAAUGGACCUGGCCGAGCAGGUGUUCGCUGGCGUUACGGACAUGGACACACGCUGCUACAAUGCCAUGCUCCAGGGCUUGGCAUUCCAUGGGCGUGGCCGAGCUGCCCUCACCUUGUUUGACAGGAUGUGUGCCGAGGGCUUCCCGGUUGAUAGCGUCACGAUGCUGGCGGUGAUGUGUGCGUGCGCCCAUGCUGGGUUGGUGGAUGAAGGGCAGUGGCUCUUCGACAGAAUGGAGAUUCAGUUUGGGGUCACACCGAGGAUUGAACAUUAUGGAUGCAUGGUUGACAUACUGGGCCGAGCUGGUCAGCUUGAUGUUGCCGAGAAGCUUAUCCGAGGGAUGGACAUUCCGCCGAACGCUGCAAUGUACAGGUCUUUGAUACGGGCAUGUGGGAUUCAUGGCAAGCUAGAACUUGGGGCGAGGACGAUCCAAGAGCUGAUGAGGCUCGAGCCAGAGCACAGUGGAAACUAUGUCCUGCUGUCCAACUUCUACGCGAGAAUGAGGCUAUGGGAGGACGCAAAGAAGGCGAGGAAGGAGAUGAAGGCCAUGGGCAUUGACAAGAGCCCUGGGUCAAGCCUCCUUGACAUCGACGGUGUUCUCCAUGAGUUCUUGAUGGGUGACAAGACACACCCUGCCUCAAGGGAGAUAUACGCCAUGGUUCAAGAGAUCGAGGCCAGAUUGAAGGAAAGCGGGCACCGGCCGAGCACCACAGCUGUGAUGUUCAACGUCGAGGAGGAGGACAAGGCAGAUGCUCUGUCCUACCACAGCGAGAGGCUCGCCAUUGCCUUCGCCCUGAUUGCCUCCUCUCCGGGUGCGCCCAUCAGGAUCAUCAAGAACCUCCGGGUGUGCAGUGAUUGUCACGAGAGCACGAAGCUCGUCUCCCAGGUGUAUGGAAGGGAGAUCAUCAUGAGGGACCGCACCCGGUUCCAUCACUUCAGAGAUGGCCAUUGCUCAUGUGGAGAUUUCUGGUGACUGGUCAUUAGCUGUUUGCCAUGUGCAUAAGAAUGUGCUGUAGAUUCGUGUUCCUACUUGUUCUGUGUCCUACUCCAGACUGGACGAUGGACGGCGUCGUGAACACGAAGCAGCCGGAAUCAGCGGUCGGCGACGGCGUUGAAGUCUGCAUUUGUUCAAAGAACCCUCAAGAACCAAGACUAGCCCCGGAAGAACAAGGUGUUGCCAUUUGCCUGCUUGCGUGUGAAGAGGAAAACACAUGAAUUCCAAUUUUUAACAACAAGGGCGGGAGGUUUGUCCAAGCUGUGUAUAUAAGCAGGGAGUUGAGGGGUGGGACUGCAGGAAGAUUCAGUUUCAGUCAUCUAUGCGAAGGUGUAGUUGGAGCAAGAUCAAGUUUUAGUGGGAGGAGAAAUAGAGUUAAUGGCUCCGACCGAGUUAUCUAGCACCUCCUCUGCGGUUACGCGGCUCAGAACAUGCUCAACUGAUGAUGGUGGAUUAACAGCUGAAGCGGAUGCGUCCGAAUCGUCUGUGAAUCAAGCGAUAGGAUCAGGCAUGGCGGUCAGUGCAGCUUCAGGUGCCGUGACGGUGCAGGAAGCGAUUGAUGCCUGUAAAAGAUUUGAUCACUGUGUGUCCAUGAAGUCUCCCUUAAUUUGCAGCUAAUAUAUAAUGUAAAAGUCUUGAUUUUACUUGCUAUGGAAAGAUGGCAUAAGAAUUGACUUCAAGUUCUGAACAAGGAUUAUAUCACUAUCGUCAAUCCAAUCACAGUUUCUGAUUUGCUAUUAUUUUAAAUCUGUGAAUAAAUCCACCUUUUGGUGUAUUUGCUAACUUGGUAAUUGGCCUUCUUAUUAGUAUAGUACAUGCAGUCCGCUUAUUGUUGUUGAACCACUCCCACCGUAUCAAAAUAUACUUAUAUUUUGGUACAGGGGUAGUAAUAAAGAUUAUUUCUGUGCUCAUCUUAAGUUUGCCAAGGAAAAAUGUAAGGAAAAUCGCAGGAGCUUGUAAGCGUAGGCUUGAAUUAUGUUGUUUUUAGCUCUUGUUAUGAAACAAAUGCCCUCUUUACUACGUGAAUUGCAGGUAUUGUUUCUUUAGGCUUUCUUCUUGUGGUACACUCUGAAAGUAUUAUUUAUUUUUGUUGCAGUUCAUAUAUCUGUGGAUCAACCUGAAGAUUCCAGCCCACAGUGCUGACAAGGGACUGUUUACUUGCUUCUCUCUACAAAAAUUUGAGUCAUGCCAAAACAUGAUAGAAAUAGGAGUCAAGACUGUUAUGCCCAAUUGAUGUAAAUGUGGAUAGGCGUAGUGGUUGCUUGCUAUGUUAUUGUGUUUUGUGAAUUUUGAUUGACGCAAAAAGAAAGUGUUCUGUGAAUUUUGAUGGUAUGUGGAAUGCCCACUAAACCCACUUGUCCCACUUAAAAUUAUGUU